AUGUCUUCAGAUAUCUUUAAUCAUAUGGUAUACAUGGAAGAUCCUGAAUGGAAUACUUAUGAUUCUUUGGAAAACUUGAACAUCUUACAAUCCUCCUAUACUAUUACUGAUAGUGUUUCUGGUUUGAGCUCAAAUGCGAAUCACCAGACAAGUCAUUCUUGGAAUACUGUCUUUUUGACUAACCAUCUGUCUGCUUGCUUCUUACGGCGUUGUCAUGAUGUGCAUAUAGAACCCAACAAUGUUUGGAAUCAAGCAGAAUAUCUCCACGAUGGAACCUUUAAUAAAGAUAUCAUGAAGGAUUCUAAUCAAUAUCACCCUCAAUCAUCAAGUGUAAUUCCUGAUCUGCAUCAAUGGGAGAAGUUUCAGUCUCAGUGGCAUGGUCAUGAUUAUUCUGCCAAGGAUCAAUUUGGCUUCGAUAAGCUGACUGCUUUUGGUAAUGAAGGAACUCUGAGAUCAGACUUCAACACUUUUCAUGACAAGCCUGUUGAAGGAAACAGACUUCAACCUCUAAAAAACCCAGCCCGGCUGCAAUGGAAAGAUGGCGCGCACGAAUCUCAGAACAAUCCUUUUUCUAUGGCUAAGAAUUCCAAGUAUAACAUUCCUUACAUUGACAACCCAGUUCCGAGAGCGCAGACAGACAGCACCCCCGCGAAUCAAAUGCAAAGUCAUAUUCUUGAUAUGCAUGUGAGUUCCGGUUCCGCUACACACAACACCAAUACCGAAGAUCAAGACUUCAUGGAAUUCAUCUUGAACCAAGACUUCGAUCAAUGGUUCAAAGAUCCUCAUCUUGAUGUCUCAAAUGAGCAAAGCGGGAAACAUUUUCUCACACCCGAUGAUCAUUCAAAAUUUCACCUUGCGCAGUCUUCUAGGGCCUUGCAACAACAAAUUAGUCUUCCAAGUCAACCACAAGAAAGUGAGAAAAAUGCUAUCAACAUUGACACAUUCAACAUGGAGAAGAUCCGUUUGCUGGACACGUAUCCUAAUCCAACUGAAAAAAGGCUCAAAUCUUGGGGACAAUCUUCCAAUACCGCACACGCCAGUGAAGGCUUGAGUAAAUCUACUGGGGAUCUUCCAAGGGCUGUUAUGUUGGAAAAUAUUCAAGAUGACUUUAUGAAUCUGCAAAGACCAAAUAUACGACCAUAUUUCAGCUCCAAAAGCCCAGUCCUACCCUCCAGCUUUGACAUCUCUGCUACGAAGAAUCCAAACAACCCAUCACCUUCGAAUUCGGAGUCUUUCAAACAUAAUGGCGCCCUUGAAAGUGGCACGACUUCAGUCAAACACAGGCCUGUAUUGGGUUCAGCGAUCCCACCUCGCGCCUAUUAUCCCAAUGUCAAAGACAUAGAAAGAAUCCUCAGACUGACCGGGCCAACAUCUGUACACCAAAAGACAUCGAAUCUUGCAAAAUUUGAAUCUGAAUCUGCCAACCGAAACAUCGGAAGGGUCGGGAUUCGGAAUCGUAACCAACCAGUAGAAUCAAAUCGGAUCAAGACAAUUACAAAUGACUCCACUCAAAUUGGGUCAAGAGGCUCGAGUGAACCCGAAUUGCACCUGGAUGAAUCAUGGGCUUUCAUGGAAAUACAAGAUCCAGGUGGUAACUUUCCCUUUUGUCUUACCAAAAGGAUACCGCCAGAGACACAUGCCCAAAUGUCAAGCUGGUGGGAAAAAGCUGAGAGAGAUGAAGAUUUUCGACAAAUAAUGAGAGGCAAUAUGGAAGAUGCACUUCAAUUGUUUGGUAGAAUAGAUAGAUACCGUUUUAAUCAAGUCACACGUCUCUAUCUUCUUCUUUGGAGAGCAGCUGGAUUUGCAGCUGAAGAGCUUGGGGUCCUUGAACAGAAACGUCAAAUACAAGUACAAAGCUUUGAGUUUUUAACUUCAUUACUUCAUUUGAAAGGUUUUCAUGAAGUGAAUGCGAUUGCAAGAUAUGAAUCAGAAAAGGCAGUGAAUGCAAGAGCAGUCCUCAACCAAUAUUCAAUUUUGUAUAGAUUUUUAGUACUACGCGGACAAAAACCGCUUACCUUCAGAAAUCCGGUGUUCAACAUACUGCUAUCUUUCUUUCGAUAUAGAUCCAAAGCUCUGUAUGAGAGAAUUACGCCUCCUCGAGAUCAGUUUAGCAGAAAAAUAUUUGCAAGAUUUGGUACGGAAGACAGGAAUUAA